AUGGCUCAGUGCAAGUGGAGAAGCUGGGAGUGGAUCGGUGUCAGUUUGCUCUGGCCAUUGGGGAUGAGCAGAGCUUUGCACUGUUGGCUGAAGGUGAUGGCCUCCCAGCUCCUCAAGGCAGGUGACUUGUUUACUGAACAUCCAGUGGCAGCGUCAGAAACACGAGGCACUGUGAUGAGGCGGGAGGCAGUCCCUCCAGAAGCCAUUGGCUUCUUGUCUGCAGUUGGGGUAUUUAUUGAUUUUUUGGUUGUCCUCUUCCUCUUCAUCAACAAGAAGCUCUAUUUUGAAACAAUAGGAAGCCUUCCAUGCCUGGAGCAAUGAAGGAAAAGAAAGCACUCUGAAGAGAAGACUGGAAUCCUAGAAGGAAAGGGUUUGGAUGGAGCCAGCCAACUGAAUUAUUCUGAAACUCUAUCUUAUGCUGAAGACAACUCCAUCUCUACCCACUUGCAGUCCCCGUGUAAGGUGGGGGAUCCUGGGCACCACGGUGCCUCUCCCCAAGAGACCAGUGUGGUCCCCAGUCUCAGUCACCAAACCACAGCGCGCAGCUUGGAGACGAAGACAGCUUAUAACCAGGGAUUUGAAGAUUCUUAUGCCACCGACAGCUCCUGCAUGUGGAGUCCAGAGGAACAGGAUUGGGCCAAUUUUCAGGUGCCAUCUGGUGUCCUGAAGCCCAUUUCCAAAUGUGGUGACCUGGAUGUCAUCUUUGAAUACAGAGCUGCCAGCCAGAAGCUCACAGUAACCAUUGUGAGAGCACAGGGCCUCCCAGAUAAAGACUGAAGUGGUGUCAACUCCUGGCAAGUUCACGCAGUGCUGCUGCUCAGUAAGAAACAGAGGGGCAGGACAAGCAUAUAGAGAGGACCCUACCCCUUCUUCAAGGAGAAGGUCACCUUUACCAGGUUGGAGUCCAGAGACGUGGCUGCCUGUGCCACCUGCUUCCGCCUGUAUGCUGCCUGCAAGAUGACCCACGAGAGAAUGAUGGGGGAGAAGCUGUUCUGCCUCAGCCACCUACCAGAAGGGGAAAUGAAAGUGACUCUGGUUCUCGAGCCAAGAAGUAAUGUCAAUAGUGGAGAGUCUCAGCUCAGCCCAUCUGCAGUCUCUCACAGUCACAGUGCUUCACCCACACAGUCACUGGCUUAUGGAGGGGCGCCAGAGCUGUUGGUGGGCCUGUCGUACGGUGCCACAAUUGGGCGAUUAUCUAUGGAAAUGAUCAAAGGCAGCCAUUUCUGAAACCUCGCUGUUAACGGAGUGCCUGAUGCAUACGGAAAGCUCUUUCUUCUCAGUUCUGUGGGUCAAGAGAUGUCCCGUGGCAAGAUGUCCAUGCGUAGGCAGCCUAAUCCUGUCUAUAAAGAGACCUUUGUGUUCCAGGUGGCCCUCUUUCAGCUCUCUGAUGUCAUGUUGACGAUUUCUAUCUAUAACAGGUGUACUAUGAAGCGUAAAGACAUGAUUGGUUGGAUUGCUCUGGGCCAAACCAGUAAGGAGGAGGAGCGAGACCGCUGGAAGGAAAUGAAGGAGACCAAAGACCAGCAGACCUGCAGAUGGCACACGUUGCUCGAAUCCUAGGUUCCCAGCAGGCGUCUGUGGAAUGUGUAUCCACCCUGGCGACCCUGGUGACUGCUGACACUAAGUCAGUGAAUGGCGGGAGGCUUUUUAAAGUUGACCAUCAGAGAAUCAGUCCCUGGGUGGUCCAGAGAUUCAAGAGAGAAACAAAAAUAUUUUCUCCUCCAAAGGAUUGAACUCUUAUUUUAGAAACAUUUGAAUACCUUCAGAACAUCGUAUGUAUGUAUCUUUGUGUUUCUCAUAGUACGACUUACUGACUUACUGUGUCUCCUAUUAAGAAGCAUGAAUGUUUUUCUAUCUGUUAUCAGAAUAAACAGCUAUAGAGUAUAAUGACCCACCCAUUUAUGAAAUUACCCAUCAGAGAAUAAUUAGUGUAUAGGAAAAAUUUUGAAAAAUUUUUUAAUUGUUAAAAACAAGAAUAACUUUCCACUUUUUAUAAUGUUCAAAAUUUUAUAAUAAUGAUUUAAUGCAUUACUGUUACACUAUUAUAUCUUGUGUUUUAACUGGGCAACCCAGUGAAAUACUUAAUAUUAAUACACUUGUGUUAGAAACACCCUUUCAAAAUACAUUAGAAAAUAUAAAAUUGUUUACCUGUGAUGAUGAAUAAGUCUGUGAUUAGAAGAAUUAUACUGUUUUUCUUGUGCAAAUAAUGCUUAAGGCAGAUGUUCAGUCUCACAGUGAUGUUGAAAGCAUAUUUUAUGCAGCCUAAAAACUAUUCUGUAUUAGAUAUUUAAAUGCAUGAGUAUAAAUUUGAAUUGCUUUUUGUUUAAAACAGAAACAUUGAAGAAGCAUUAGCUUCAGUUUGUACAAAAUGUCUGCUGUAACUGAACUCAUGAUCAUUCAAAACUGAAAAUCAUUCCAGUUUUGUAAAACUGCUGCUACUGGUUUUAUCAAUAAAGUUUAAGCAGAUGGCUUAUAUGUGUGAAAAUUUUUUAUGUUAAAAAAAGAUAACAGUUUUGCACCAUCAACAUGCAAAUUUUAUGGGCUUGAAUGAUAUUACUUAUUUUAGUAUACACAAAAACCAUUAACUCCAAAACCAUACCAACUGCAGACAUAUAUAUUAGAACUAUAAGCACUGUAUUUAUGACCCAUAUGAUUUAUUUUGGCUUUAGGGUGCUAUAGAUUUUUAUGUGGAACACAUAUACAAAUAAAUGUAUAUCAACUUAGUUGCUAGUUUAAAGUGUUGAAUUUAAGAAUAUUGGGUAAGGGGCUAUAUAAAUGUAAAGAUCACCUGAAAUAAACUGCAUCUGGAGAGGAUUCUGAGAAGACAAAACAUAGGUAUCCUUGUACAAAAGUGUAGGUAAUCACUCAUCAUACAGGCUCUUGUUCAGAGUCCUCUCCCCUUUAUGUAUACUCGAUUCUAAUAAAUUUCCAAGACUCAGAUACAGCAAGCUAAAAGCAGGGGAAGCAAGGUCAUUAUAAUCAGACACCUCCAUAGUAGUCAAACCAGGGCUGACAUCCCCAAAACAGAAAAAAAAAAAUUCUAUAGGUGUUCCAGGAAAAUCUAUUUUUACCUUUUUGCAUACUGUAUUAGUUGAAGUAAUUUAUGCUACCUGUUAUAAUAAUCCCAAAUGUCAGCAAGUUACCAUUAAGAAAGACUUAAUUCUUACUAAAAUGUUUGUGCCCAUGCAGCUUGCUUUCAUAGAAGCAUCUCAGGGAUUGAUGGCCAUCUUAGUCUCCUCAAGGCUUUUGAAGGAAUAUAUGGCCACGCAAAUGGAGGAAGAAGAAAAGGCCUGAGAAUAAAAUGUACAUUUAAGGGGCCAGGCUGAGAUGUGAUAAUCUCCAUUUUCUCUAGACACCAUUGGUCAGAAUUAGUCACAUGGAUCCACCGUAUUUAAGAAGACGACUAGGGAUUGUAGUUUGUGUGUACAAGGGAAUAUCAGUUCAGUGAGAAUCUUCUAGAUAGUAUCUACCACACAUUUUUUCCUUCUUUUUAAAAUAUCUUACUUCAAAGGUUGCUGUGGUGGUGAGGAUUUAAGGAAAGCUUACUAACUGCAAGCUCGUUUGUUGCUGAAGUUCUUUCUAACCCAUAGUGGCACUGGAACAUCAUGGGCUGAUUAAGAAAUUCUACUUGUUCACACUGGUUAUCUUAGAGCAUUUUUAACACUGGGGUGCAAGGGCUUUUGCAAAUAAAGAUAAUUUGAGCUCACAUUUCCAAAGCCAGAGGGUAGAGUUUGAGCUGAUAAACCUGAGUAUAGUUGAGCAUUUUGACAUGUUUGUGUGUGCACUACAUACAUAUGUGACAUGUUAAAAACAUCAAAGUGAAUAAUAUAUAAUUGUGAGCAAAAGCAGACUACUUCAGGGGAACAGAUUUUUAGAGUAAAUUAUCUGCAGAACCAAAAAUUUGACAGUGAUUGCUACCUUUUGACAUUUCUUCAACAGAGACUUACCCAUCCUUAAAUGUUAAAAUGAUUGCGACAGCUAUCUACAAGUGUGGUUCCUCAAGUCUUUUGUAGUAAUGUUUCUAAAAAUCUUAACCAUCUCGAGUAACAUUUUAUUGAUGAAUCAAAUCACAUUAUAUAUCUUAAAAAAUAUCAUAGUCUCUUUACAGUUUCUGUAGGAUUUCUCCAGGGAAAUUCAGAGAUAUGGCUCAGGAGGAAUAUUGGGUAACAGUUUAGAGCUCCGAUUAACUUUAAUGUGCAUGCCGCUACAUAGUAAAACAUCUCAUUCUUUUCAGCAGAUAAAGAGUAGGAGACAGGAUUAGUAUUACAUCUGUGGUCUUCUUGAGGAGGGACAAGAUUCAGUGGUGAGAAGACUAAUUUAGAUGAAUUCUAAGGUGGAUUGUAUGGUAUUUUAAUAUUUAAUUUUAAAAUCCAAAAUUGUUUGGUGGAAGAUUUUCUCUGAUCUCUUGCCAGGAGAACUGAAGAUUUAAAAAAAUUACAUCUGCCCACAUUAAUAGUUCAGUAAAGAUUAAACUCUUAUCUUUGUGUUCUAUUUCCAGCUUUGCCACCAAGCAACUAUGUUAUCUUGAGAUUACCUUGACCUUUCCUUCAUGUCUUUCAACAUCUGUUGCUUGGCUUGAGGUGGUCCCAGAUGAAGAGGGGAUUUGACAAUUUUUGGUGAGUUAUAUUAACAACAGAAAAUAAGAUGUCCUGGCCUAUUCUGCUAAAGCAUUCAAGACGUGCUGUCCAUAUUGGUCAAGUUAGACAGCUGUUCCUCUUUUCUCCAUAGAGACAAGCAUGUAGUGAUGGAAGCUGCUUCUCACCUGAGGUACAAGAGUGGUUUAAGGAGAAAUGAAGCAGUUCAGCUCAGUGGAUUCACAUCUGUUUUGGAGGACACAGAGAGAAGAGAAUUAGGAAAAUAUAUAAAGGACUUUUAGGUUAUUUCCCAAUGCCUUUAAAGUGACCUUUGUAAGAUACUGUGAUAAGGAAAAGAAGUUGCUGUAUCAGCACAAUGUCUCAUUAAGGGAAGAAAACAAUUUUUUGUGUAAUAGCUUUUUUCCCUCCACUCAACUAAAAGCAACUAGCAUCCAUGGCUUGUGUAAGUUCACUAGCUGACAGCUACAUAGAUGAAGUGAAUACAGGGACCUGGAGCCAGGCAGAAUUGCUGUAUUCAUUCCCAUGUGCUCAUGAUUACCUGUGACGCUCCAGGCACUGUCUGCUAGAUGCUGGGGAGCGAGGUUAGCAAGGUGGGAGGAGCUUAAAAGCUGAGGUGGUGACUAUUGUGAAACGGGACGAGUAGGAUGAUUUGGGAAUGUAAUUAGGAGGCUAAUCUAGUCAGUGGGAGGCGGUAAGGGAAAGACACUAAGAAGUGGUAUUUAAGCUGAGACUUGAAGGCUGAGUAGGAGUAAACCAGGUGAAAGGGAGGCAGGUUGAGGAGGAAGAUACAGCAUGUGCAAAAUACCUGAGAUGAAUGACAGCCCUUGCCGUUUGAGGAACCUAAGAAAACCUGGCAUGCCUGGACCUUGCAGAGCAAAGGGGAGAUCCUCCUGAGAUGAGCUAGCCAUCAUGGCAAGGCUGACUGAUAAUAUCCCUUCGUUUCAUCCCCGACAGUGAAUAAGAAGUAGCAGUGGUAUAAAUCUGCCUUGGCCAUCUCCUGGAUGUGAGGUCUACCAGUCCCAAAGCCCCCCUUUCAUACCUUGCAGCUAAAAUUUGAUCAUCAGAUCUUCAACCUAUUUUGACUUAUUAUUACUUCUUCCAGACAGAUUUUAAAUUAUUGGCUCUUUUUUUUUCAGCUUUAUUGAAGUAUAAUUGACAAAAGUUUAAGACAUUUCAAGUGUAAGUGUAGUCGUUGAUAUUUGUAUAUAUCGUGAAAGGAUUCCUAUAAUCAAGGUCAUUAUUAGGACGAUGCUAUCAGCUUUUUAAAUCUCCAGGCUAACAAACUGUUAAUUCUGUUCUGUUGUAGGUGUUAAGUUGGUACUGGGUCCCGGGGGAGCAGGAACCCUGAGAUGCGUGGGGCCACUUUGUGUAGCUCCUCGGGGCUUGCAGAAUGCCUGCCCCUGCAGGAGUCAACGUGACACUGCACCACAGCCCUGCCCAGGCUCCAAAGACAGCAACUGUUCUUUUUAAUUGAUUCCCAGUGGUGCUUUCUUCCUUCCAGGUUCUGGCCUGGCCCUACAGGGAUCCAGGGGAAUGGUGCAUAUCCUUCUUCAGUGAGGUUCCCUCUCUGAGGAUAGCUUUGGGCAAAAUUUUUCUUCUAGGUCUGUUAUCUUCCCCUUCUUUGGUCUGGCUCACUGGCUACCCAAAUUUGCCCACAUCCAUGAUCUCAUCCUCCUCCCGACCCAAGAAUAACAACCUCAUUGAAGAACAACGACAAAAAGUAAUGAUAAAAAUAAAAGCAUAACUUGAGUGAAAUAUCAGAGACUACACAAUCUUUUGAAUAAAUUUAUACUAAACAGUAAAUGACUGACAUAAGGAUACUUCUCUAAUCUCCUUUGUGAAAAGUACCUCUUCUUUUGUAUAUUUUUAUUUUAAAGAAGUUUCCAUAUUAGCCUGAGGUUUCAUUCGCCUGAAAACGAAGACUUUCUAACUCCAUAAAGGAACUAGUUUAGAUCGAAGGGUCAUUUUUCUCAGACCUUUGGCACCACACCAGUAGGCAGCCACGACAGUGCUAAAAUGAAGUAGGCUCUGGUCUGAUACCCGUGGAUUAGUUUUCCCUCUUCAAAAUCUAUCAAUUGCUCAAACUUGCAGACACACACACACAAAAAAACGCUGGGAAGGAGAGCCUCAGAAGGCACAGGAUCCUAUGUUCAUCCCACACGCCUCACCUCGGGUCACACGCGCCCUGCUCCAGCUGCCCCUGGCCAGGGUCCUGCCCCAAGGCGUCGAGCAUCCCAGCGGGGCUCCGUGUCCAAAAGGACUGACCAAAUCCUGCUGCUUACUCAGCCGCUGAAAAGGCAGCUCCAUUCCGGUCCCCAUACUCGAUUUCCCAAGGUACUCCCAGCUAGGGCCCGCGGCGAGUUACCCUGCCCCAUCCCCCGCGCAGGCCCGCGGGAGCAGGCCCGGAAGCCCCGUGCACAGAGCCGGGGCGCUCGGGCCCCCGCAGCUCCCCACCUCGCUCCCAGGACCCGACUUAGGCGAGCACGGGACCCCCGCACCCCUGUUUGGGGCUCUUUGUUGGCUGCCUCUCCUCAUUUCUGCUCUCAAACCUUGCUCCCGGCAGCCCCCGCCGGGGCACCCGACCUCGGGGAAAGUUGCUCCAGAGCUGUGGAGGGGCGUCAUCGCCUCCUAGCAACGCUCCUAGCAACCGGGUAACAUCUGCUCCCUCUGGUCCAAUGCGAGCGGAGAACAGCUGCGCGCCCGCCUCGCGUUGCGAACCCGGAGCUAGAGGCGCUUCAGAGACGGGAGGGACAGACCUGAAGGAGCCUGGGCUGCCCGCCGAGCUGCAGUUGCCGCCGCCUUCGCUGUCAGCGCCGGUCUGAAGAGUGACAGCGCCGCAAAAGCGGCAGGGAGCGCAGAACCCCGCGCCUUUAGGAGGCAGGUGCCUGCGCCGAUCUCCCGGCGAGUGGACCCAGCUCGCAAGCUUAUCCAACGAAAGUAUUAACAUAUACAUUAACAACGUCGAAAGUAGCCUAUUUUAAGAGAAAAUAUGCAGAAGAAGAAGAUUUACAUCAAGAUUACCAUGAGUAUUUUCCAAAA